AUGAAGUCUCUUCUUGCGACCGUGCUGCUGGUUUAUCUCUGUCAGUUGGCCCAAUCGGAAGAAUGUACGGAUGCGAAUGUGAACUGUGGAUUCUGGUCGCGUGCAGGAGAAUGUGAAAUUAAUCCGAGGUACAUGAAAACAUGUCAUAUUAAAAAGCAUAAAACAAUCCAUCGUCAACAAGAUACUCCAACUGUUCCAGCAACCAGAUCAUUUGAUGAUAAUGUUCAAGAUGACAGAUCAUUCCUUCCAUCAAGAUCUAUUCCAGAUGGAUGUCAAUCUGUAAUGACUGUUGAAGCGGAGACCCGUCAAAUCUUCUCCAGCGGCCAGCUCACCGCCCGUUUCCGUCAACAAAUGUGCGCAGAGCAACAGAUCGCUCCGGAUUGCUCCGUCAACCAGUGCUUCCAUAAGAAGUAUCGUUCAAUGGACGGAACUUGCAACAAUUUGCAGAACCCUAUCAAAGGAGCCGCGUUUACUGCUUUCAGUCGUCUCAUGCCAGCUGCCUAUGAUGAUGGUUUUAAUACUCUUGUUUCUGCUUCACAACGUAAUCGUCCAAACCCACGAGAGGUGUCAGUAUUCUUGUUGUCAUCUGAAAGGUCACUGCCUGGACAUGUUAAUUCGCUUCUCAUGCUUUUCGGACAGUUCGUUUCCCAUGACAUCACUUCGAAUGCCGCCCAAAACUUCUGUGGUUGUGGUAACUCCGGACCAAUGUGUGCCUCGAUCUUCGCUCCUCCGUCUGACAGAUCCCGCCGUUGCAUUCCAUUCACCCGAUCUUUCCCAGUCUGUGGAACCGGACAAUUCGGAAGAGUUCGUGAGCAAUUGAACAUGAACACAGCUGCAAUUGAUGCUAGUUUGAUUUACGGAUCAGAAGCUAUCACUGCUCGCAGUUUGAGAUUUGCUGCAAUGCUGAGAACAUCAAUGAUCGGAGGACGUAUGUUCCCACCAAACACCAACCCCGGAAGCUUGACUGCCGGAGAUGGAAGAGCUAUCCUCUUCGUCGGACUCGCUGCACUUCACACUUCUUUCCUCAGACUCCACAAUAACAUUGCUGCUCGUCUCCAAAACAUGAAUCGUCACUGGAACGCAGAUCGUAUCUUCCAAGAAUCUCGAAAGAUUGUCGGAGGAGUUGUUCAAUCAAUCACUUACCAAGAAUUCAUACCAGAGCUUAUUGGAGACGCAUCCAAGACUAUUUUGGGAGCAUACCAAGGAUACAACCCAAAUGUGGAGCUCGGAGUGUUGAAUGAGUUUGCCGCAGGAGCUUAUCGUCUUCAUGGAAUGAUUCAGGAGACAUAUCCUCUGGUCGAUUCACAAUUCAGAGAGUUCAACAGAUACAGAUUCAUUGAUGGAGUCAACAAUAUCAACCAUGUUCUCACAAACAUUGAUGCCAUCUACAGAGGAAUGAUGACCGUACCUGUACGCAGUCCUCAAAGAUUGACAACUUCGGUGACAGAACGUCUUUUUGGUGGAAGUGUCGACAUGGCAGCAGUUAAUAUUCAAAGAGGAAGAGAUCAUGGGUUGAGAUCCUACAACGAAUACCGCCGCUUCUGCAAUCUCCGUCCAAUCACCAGUUUUAAUGACUGGCCAGAAGUCACCGAUCAAAACGUCCGUCAGCGUAUCGCUCAACUCUACCGCACCCCAGACGAUGUCGACUUCUACGUCGGAGGAAUUCUGGAACAACCAAGUGCUGGUAGUGUUGUCGGAGCCACAUUUGCAUGUGUCAUUGGAAAACAAUUCGAGCGUCUUCGUGAUGGAGAUAGACACUAUUUCGAGGCUCCAGGAAUCUUCACAUCUGCUCAAGUGGCUGAGUUAAAACGUGCUACUUUCUCAUGGGUCCUCUGCCAGACUGGAGAUAACAUGCUCCGUGUCCCUCGUCGUGCCUUCGACAUUGAAAAUGGCUCACGUGCAGUUCCGUGCUCCUCUGUCACCGGAUUGAACCUCGAAGCAUGGAGAGAAUAA